UCGGCUAGACAAGGGAUUUCUUUUCUGGGCUGUGGCGCACAACACCGGGACUGCGACGUGUAGAAUUUGAUAAAAUUUCAUUGCCAUUCUUACAAAGCACAAAAUGAGGGAAAUCGUUCAUUUACAAGCUGGUCAAUGUGGAAACCAGAUCGGCGCUAAGUUUUGGGAGGUGAUCAGUGAUGAGCACGGUAUUGACCCGACCGGCAGUUACCACGGAGACAGUGACCUGCAGCUGGAUAGGAUCAAUGUGUAUUACAAUGAAGCCUCUGGUGGAAAGUAUGUGCCACGUGCAGUCUUGGUCGAUUUGGAGCCAGGGACCAUGGACUCUGUGAGAUCCGGGCCUUUUGGUCAGAUCUUCAGACCAGACAACUUUGUCUUCGGCCAGAGUGGGGCUGGGAACAAUUGGGCCAAGGGCCACUACACUGAAGGAGCUGAGCUGGUGGACUCUGUCCUGGAUGUGGUGAGGAAGGAGGCUGAGAGCUGUGACUGCCUGCAGGGCUUCCAGCUUACUCACUCUCUGGGCGGGGGCACGGGCUCUGGCAUGGGCACCCUGCUCAUCAGCAAGAUCAGAGAGGAGUACCCUGACCGCAUCAUGAACACCUUCAGUGUGGUGCCCUCACCUAAGGUAUCGGACACAGUGGUAGAGCCCUACAACGCAACCCUCUCUGUCCACCAGCUGGUGGAGAACACAGAUGAGACCUACUGCAUUGACAACGAGGCACUGUACGACAUCUGCUUCCGCACCCUCAAACUCACAACACCCACAUAUGGAGACCUAAACCACCUGGUGUCUGCCACCAUGAGCGGAGUCACCACCUGCCUGCGCUUCCCUGGCCAGCUAAACGCCGACCUCCGUAAGUUAGCUGUCAACAUGGUUCCCUUCCCCCGUCUGCAUUUCUUCAUGCCUGGGUUCGCCCCCCUCACCAGCAGGGGUAGCCAGCAGUACCGUGCCCUCACAGUCCCUGAACUCACACAGCAGAUGUUUGACGCCAAGAACAUGAUGGCCGCCUGCGAUCCGCGACACGGGCGCUACCUGACUGUGGCCGCCGUCUUCCGAGGCAGGAUGUCCAUGAAGGAGGUGGAUGAACAGAUGCUGAACGUGCAGAACAAGAACAGCAGCUAUUUCGUGGAGUGGAUCCCGAACAACGUCAAGACUGCAGUCUGCGACAUCCCACCCCGGGGCCUCAAGAUGGCCGCCACCUUCAUUGGCAACAGCACUGCUAUCCAGGAGUUGUUCAAGCGCAUCUCCGAGCAGUUCACUGCCAUGUUCAGGCGCAAGGCCUUCCUCCACUGGUACACUGGAGAAGGCAUGGAUGAGAUGGAAUUCACUGAGGCAGAGAGCAACAUGAAUGACCUGGUUUCAGAGUACCAACAGUACCAGGAUGCAACUGCUGAAGAGGAAGGCGAGUUUGAGGAGGGAGAAGAGGAGGACCUGGCUUAAGCUUUUCAUUCCUUAUUGUCUAACUAAAACCCAUGUGUUCCACUUUGUGAAACCCCGUCUUUGUUUUUCCAGUUGUUCACUAUCAAGUUUGAAUAUCAUAAUACCUCUUGCAACCAUUCACUGUCACUGUAUGAUUGUUAACAUUCAAUAAAAACCCUACAUUUGAUUGUU